AUGAGUUUUGGAAACAGAUUUUUCCUCGUUUCACUCUUUCUUGGAAUUGUCCUCACUCGCUUCGGCCACUGCAACCAAGUCGUGCUGCUGGAUACGACGUCGGUGCUCGGGGAGCUGGGAUGGAAGACGUAUCCUAUAAAUGGGUGGGACGCCAUCACAGAGAUGGACGAGCACAACCGACCCAUCCACACGUUCCAGGUCUGCAACGUGAUGGAGCCCAACCAGAACAACUGGCUUCGCUCCAACUGGAUCUCUCGACAAGCCGCCCAAAAGAUCUACGUGGAGCUUCGCUUCACGUUGCGCGACUGCAACUCCAUCCCCUGGGUGUCUGGCACCUGCAAGGAGACCUUCAACCUCUUCUACCACGAGACGGAUGAGGCUCACGGCGUCAAGUUCAAGCCGGCGCAGUACACCAAGAUCGACACCAUCGCCGCCGACGAGAGCUUCACUCAGAUGGACCUCGGAGAUCGCAUCCUCAAGCUCAACACGGAGGUGCGCGAGGUGGGACCCAUGACCAGGAAGGGCUUCUACCUGGCGUUCCAGGACAUCGGCGCCUGCAUCGCGCUGGUGUCGGUGAGGGUUUACUAUAAGAAGUGUCCGUUCACGCUGAGGAACCUGGCCUCGUUUCCGGACACGGUGCCUCGCGUGGACUCCUCCUCGCUGGUGGAGGUGAGGGGGGCGUGCAUCGACCACGCAGAAGAAAGAGACACACCGAAGCUGUUUUGUGGAGCCGAUGGGGACUGGUUGGUUCCUCUGGGAAGAUGCGUCUGCAGCGUGGGCUACGAGGAGAUCGACGGUUCAUGUGUUGCGUGCCACCCAGGCUUCUACAAGGCGUACGCCGGAAACAUCAAGUGUUCAAAGUGCCCGCCGCACAGCUUCAGCUACGGAGAAGGAGCCGCGAUCUGCCGCUGUGAGAAGGGCUUCUUCAGGGCUGAGAAAGAUCCUCCGACUAUGGCUUGUACACGCCCUCCAUCUCCUCCCCGCAACCUGAUGUUCAACCUGAACGACACCUGCCUGCUGCUGGAGUGGUCGCCGCCGAGCGACACCGGCGGCCGCCGGGACCUCACCUACAACGUCCAGUGCAAGCGCUGCGGGCCCGAGCCCAACCAGUGCCAGCUCUGCGAGGAGGAGCUCCGCUUCCUGCCACGUCCGCUGGGCCUGACCAACGCCACCGUCACCGUCGUGGACUUCUCCUCGCACGCCAACUACACCUUCGAGAUCGAGUCGCUCAACGGCGUGUCCGACUUGAGCUCCUUCCCUCGCCAGGUGGCCUUCAUCACCGUCAGCACCGAUCAGGGGGGUCCGUCUCUGGUGGGAUCUUUGAAGAAGGACUGGGCUUCUCCAAACAGCAUCGCUCUCUCCUGGCAGCAGCCCGAACAGACAGCGCUCCCCAUCCUCGACUAUGAGAUCAAAUAUUAUGAGAAGGAACACGAGCAGCUGAGCUACUCGUCGACACGCACCAAGGCCCCCAGUGUGAUCGUCUCGGGUUUAAAACCAGCAACCUGGUACGUCUUCAGUGUACGCACCCGCACGCCGGCUGGAUACAGCUCCUACUGCCCGAAAUAUGAAUACGAAACCACAGGAGACUCGUCCGACAUGGCGUCCGAUCAAGGCCAGGUGUUGGUCAUCGUCACAGCGGCGGUCGGCGGCUUCACUCUGCUCGUCAUCCUCACCCUCUUCCUCCUGAUCACUGGAAGGUGUCAGUGGUACUUUAAGGCCAAGAUGACCUCGGAGGAGAAAAGGAGGACUAAUUAUCAGAACGGACACGUUCCCUUCCCGGGGAUAAAGACGUAUGUGGAUCCCGACACGUACGAAGAUCCCACGCAGGCCGUCCACGAAUUCACCAAGGAGAUCGACCCGUGCAGGAUCCGCAUUGAGAGGGUGAUCGGCGCCGGGGAAUUCGGCGAAGUGUGCAGCGGUCGCCUGAGGACGCCGGGGAAGAAGGAGAUCGCCGUGGCCAUAAAGACGCUGAAGGGAGGCUACGUGGAGCGUCAGAGGCGGGACUUCCUGCGCGAGGCGUCGAUCAUGGGCCAGUUUGACCACCCCAACAUUAUCAGGCUGGAGGGCGUGGUCACGAAAAGCCGGCCGGUCAUGAUCGUGGUGGAGUACAUGGAAAAUGGAUCACUGGACUCGUUUCUCAGGCAACAUGACGGUCACUUCACUGUCAUCCAGCUGGUUGGCAUGCUGCGUGGCAUCGCCUCGGGCAUGAAGUAUCUGUCAGACAUGGGCUACGUUCACAGAGACCUGGCAGCCCGAAACAUCCUGGUCAACAGCAAUCUGGUGUGUAAAGUGUCAGACUUCGGCCUGUCCCGAGUCCUGGAGGACGACCCGGAGGCUGCUUACACCACAACGGGUGGUAAGAUCCCCAUCCGAUGGACAGCUCCAGAGGCCAUCUCGUACAGGAAAUUCUCCUCCGCCAGCGAUGCGUGGAGCUACGGCAUCGUCAUGUGGGAAGUGAUGUCAUACGGAGAGCGGCCGUACUGGGAGAUGUCCAAUCAGGAUGUGAUCCUGUCCAUUGAGGAGGGCUAUCGGCUGCCGGCACCGAUGGGCUGCCCCGUGGCUCUGCACCAACUGAUGCUGCACUGUUGGCAGAAGGAGAGGAAUCAUCGACCCAAAUUCACAGAUGUUGUUUCCUUCUUGGAUAAACUAAUUCGGAACCCCAGCAGUCUGCUGCCACUGGUAGAGGAUAUUCAGAGUCUACCAGAAUCUCCGGGGGAAGAAAUGGACUACCCAAUGUUCAUCUCUGUCGGCGACUGGCUGGACUCCAUCAAGAUGAGUCAGUACAAGAGCAAUUUCAUGGCAGCGGGCUACAACACAUUGGAUUCUGUAGCCAGGAUGAGUAUUGAAGAUGUGAGGCGUAUUGGCGUGGAGCUGAUCGGCCACCAGAGGCGGAUCGUCAGCAGCGUACAGAACCUCCACCUUCAGCUACUGCACGAACAGGAGAAGGGUUUCCAUGUAUGA